AUGUCCUUGUCCAUCACCAUUGCAUCAAAGCAUCAGGUCAUCGAGCGAGCCUUUGGUCUCUUGAAGAAAAGGUUCCCAGGAUUGAGGAUGGGCAUCGACAUUGCAGACAUCCAUGAAAUUGACGCGAUAAUCGUGUUUGCCCGUGUCCUCUACAAUAUGGGCAUCCGAGAGGACAACCCCAACCUCGAAGAUCAGGAAGUUUUGUCGGAGAGGGAUGACAUGCGCAUUCAUACAGGGCCAAGAUCAGCAACUGAAAACAAGCCAAACACGUGUCAGAUUAUUGAGAAAUACUGGAGGCAGGUCCUCGGUGCGCGAGCUGAAGACGAGGAGACCCGUGCCUAUUGGUUUCGUGGCGAUGCGCUGAGGAGAGCCCGCGCUAUAAAAGCGGCGCGUGUGUGGAGCGGAGCGUCUCGUGGAGAGGAGUGUACCAGCUGGCCGGCGCGCGACGCACAUCACCGGGAUCCACACGGACGCACGCAGAGAGCAGAGCAGCGCAGCGCAGCCAUGAGCGAGAGACAAGCAUCUGGAGCGACGACUGGAAGCAGCAAACCAUCUGCUGGCCAAGGGCUCCAAGGUCAACAAAAGGUUCCGGCGAAACAUGACAAGAAGAGCAACCUCCCCCCGGACUUCGACAUCGACAUGGAGAACCCGGAGACGGAGAAGGCGGCCGUGGCCAUCCAGUCGCAGUUCAGGAAAUUCCAGAAAAAGAAGCAGGAUGGGAAGCCUUAGAGCGGCCGCCGUCCGCCGCGCCCUCGCCUGAUGUGGGCCCGGCCUUUGCAUGUCAAUCAAACUGCACCGUCAUGAACUGAGAAGGA